AUGUAUGCUGUGACUGGUAGUGAUGAGGAUGACUGUUACCGGUGUUUCCCGCCCGACCCGGGCAUUGGUACUGCUGCGUCAGGUGCUAGUGAGGCUGCUGCUCUAGGUGCCAGUGCGUCUGUGCUCUCAGGUACUGGUGAGUUUGCCCUCUCAGGUACUGUGUCGGCUUCGGCCUCUCACACCUUCACCCUUGACUCUGGAGCGUCUCGCUCCUUCUUUCGGGACCGCACCACUCUCACGCCGCUGAGUCGGCCGGUUGCGGUGUCCCUGGCUGACCCCUCUGGGGGGCCUGUCCUGUCUCGCUUCUCCACGGUCCUUCCGUGUCCGGCGGCCCCCUCUGGCACCCUGUCUGGUCUCUACCUCCCCUCGUUCUCGACGAACCUGGUGAGUGGUGCUGACCUACAGGAUGCGGGUGUCCACCAGUUCACUCCUGCUCGUCAGCGAGUGACCCACUGCACGGAGGCUAGCACGGGACGCCACCUGGCUACGUUUACACGUCGGCCAGGGUCGAGCCUGUACACACUGACCACUGCUUCUCCUCCAGGUGCUGAGUUUGGUAGGGUCCCUUCGUCUGGUCAGGUGUUUGCCGCAGCGUCCAGGUCUGGUCCUGAGUCUGCCCCCUGUUCGUGUCGUCGUCUGUCUCACGAGACCCUCCUCAGGCACCACCGCCUUGGCCACCCCUCUCUGCUUCGCCUCAGAGGCAUGGCCUCCCGUCUUCUUGUGUCUGGUCUCCCCCGGUCUCUACCUCCCCUUCCUCAGGGCCCUGGCCCUGCCUGUGUCCCCUGUGUCGAGGGGCGCCAGCGUGCUGCCCCUCACUCCUCCCAGUUUCCUCCGACAGAGGCCCCGUUGCAGACGCUUCACAUGGACGUGUGGGGCCCAGCCCGCGUCCGUGGACAGGGUCAGGAGCGCUACUUCCUGCUCGUUGUUGACGACUACUCGCGUUACGCCACGGUCUUCCCCUUGCGCAGCAAGGGUGAGGUCACUGAGGUGCUGAUCGACUGGAUCCGCGCAGCUCGUCUUCAGCUCAGGCGGAGCUUUGGCUCCGACUUUCCUGUGUUGCGUCUGCACUCGGACAGAGGCGGAGAGUUCUCCUCUGGCCUUCUGCGUGCCUACUGUCGUGCGCGAGGCAUCCGCCAGUCUUUCACGCUUCCGGACUCCCCGCAGCAAAAUGGGAUUGCUGAGCGCCGCAUUGGCAUGGUCAUGGACGUCGCCCGUACGUCCAUGAUGCAUGCGGCUGCCCCCCAUUUUCUGUGGCCGUUUGCGGUCAGGUACGCCGCGCAUCAGAUCAACCUCCACCCCAGGGUCUCCAGGCCGGAGACCUCCCCAGCCCUGCUGUGGACGGGGAAGGUUGGCGAUGCGUCGGCGUUCCGGGUCUGGGGAUCUCGGGCGUUUGUCUGCGACUUGUCUGCGGACAAGCUGUCCCCUCGCGCUGCUCCCUGCGUCUUCCUGGGGCCCCCGACGCCCCUGGGUGGCAGUUCUACCACCCCACCUCUCGACGUGUUCUGUCCUCCCAGGACGUCACGUCCCCCCCCGGUAGACCCCCUCCCCCCUCAGGGUCCUGCCCCUUCAGGUGUGUCCCAGGUAGACGCGGUCGAGCCUGUCGAGGUCACUGGUGACUCUGGUGCUGCUGCGGGAGCUGAGCCUGGGGGUGCGGAGCCUGGGGGUGCUGAGUCUGGGGGUGCUGAGCCUGGGGGUGCUGUGCCUGGGGGUGCUGUGCCGGGGGGUGCGGAGCCUGGGGGUGCGGAGCCUGGGGGUGCUGAGCCUGGAGGUGCCGAGCCUGGGGGUGCUGAGCCUGGGGGUGCUGCGCCUGGGGGUGCUGAGCCAGGGGGUGCUGAGCCUGGGGGUGCUGAGCCUGGGGGUGCUGUGCCUGGGGGUGCUUCGUCUCGCCGGGAGCCACUCUCCCCACAGGAGCUGCGUGAGUGGUUUGCCAGGCGCUGGAGGCGUGCUGCUGGUGCUGGUGGUUCUUCGGCUGCAGAGGGUACUGCUGCCGCGCGUCCCGGAGGUGCUCGUACUGUGGGUGCUGGAGCUGCUGGGUCUGAGGGUUCUCCUGGAGCUGGUGCUGCUGAGGGUGUUGGCGCUGUGCCUGCCGCUGGCGGUCCGACUGACAGUGCUCCUGGUGCUGCUGCUGGAGGUUCUGGUGGUGCUGGAGGUGCUACUGUAGUGGGUGCUCCUGCUGGCGGUACUGGUGCUGUUCCUGCUGUUUCAAGCGUCGCCGCGCGGCCCCGACCGUACUUCGUUCCGCUCCUGCAGCAGGUUCUUGGUCUUACACCUCCUCCUCCCUUAGAGGGUCCGCAGCCUUUCCGGUCACAGCCACAGCUACAGCCUGCCUCCCCUUUGCCUGCUCCUUCUCCCUACGCUGGUCCGACUGGAGGUCUUACUGAGCGUCGUGAGCCUGCGCCUCGUCCUGCGUCGCGUCCUGCGUCGCCUGUUCGUACUGAGCGCGCUAGUGGUCGCGGGUCGCGUCAGCGUCCUCCUCCUGUCCCUGGCACGCACCGGAUGUCACUGCGUCCGUCCACUGCUCCUCUACGUGCCCCUUUGCCUUCUCCUCCUGCUUCCUCUCUUCCUAUUCUUGCCGACCCGGAGUCGGACUCUCUUCGUGCUGCCAGUCCUACUGUCACGCGUCUUCUUGCUACUGCUGUCACUGACCCUUCCUUCGAGUCGUCUGCUGCUUCUGCCCUUGUCACUGAGCUUGUCGACUUUGCUGCACGCUGUCGUCUAGACUACGCUGCCAGUCUUGUCGCUGAGUCUGAGUCUGCCUGUCCUCCGUCCGUCGGGGGUGAGUGUGCCCUCGGCACGGACGUCCUUGAGGACAGGCAGGAGGAGUUCCAGUGUCUGGCAGCCGCUUCACCUCAUCUCGCGUCUGUACUGCUAGCCCCUGAGGGAGACCCGGAUGCACCAGACAUCCCGACUCCGCGCUCUUACGCGGAGGCGAUAGAGGGUCCCUACUCCUCUCAGUGGCAGGCAGCUAUGGAUGCAGAGAUGGCUUCCUGGAAGUCCACAGGCACCUACGUCGACGCUGUUCCCCCUCCUGGGGCGAACAUCGUCAGUGGCAUGUGGAUUUUCAGGGUGAAGCGGCCGCCGGGUUCACCGCCUGUCUUCAAGGCGCGUUACGUGGCUCGUGGCUUCAGUCAGCGGCAGGGGGUUGACUACUUUCAGACCUUCUCCCCCACCCCGAAGAUGACCACUCUUCGGGUUCUGCUGCACGUUGCUGCUCACCGUGACUACGAGCUGCACUCUCUCGACUUCAGCACAGCUUUGUUGCAGGGCAGUCUGCACGAGGAGAUCUGGCUACGUCGCCCACCUGGCUUCACUGGGUCUUUCCCUCCUGGUACCCAGUGGAGUCUCCGGCGUCCAGUCUACGGUCUCCGCCAGGCGCCUCGUGAGUGGCACGACACACUGAGGACUACGCUCGCGGCACUUGGGUUUGCUCCGUCUACUGCCGACCCGUCGCUGUUUCUGCGCACCGACACCUCUUUGCCGCCGUUCUACAUCCUCGUGUACGUCGACGACUUGGUCUUUGCCACAGCUGACACUGCUGGACUCGCCUACGUGAAGUCUGAGCUGCAGAAGAGACACACGUGCACUGACCUGGGUGAACUGCGUAGCUACCUUGGCUUGCAGAUCACCCGGGACAGAGCGCGCCGCACCAUUACCCUGACUCAGUCACACAUGGUGCAGCAGGUCCUUCAGCGCUUCGGCUUCACGUACUCCUCGCCUCAGGCCACUCCUCUGCCUACUCGCCACUCACUCUUAGCUCUGCCUUCGGAUGAGUCCGUAGAGUCGAGUGGCCCGUUUGCAGAGCUUGUUGGCUGCCUCAUGUACCUGAUGACCUGCACACGUCCUGACCUUGCAUACCCUCUUAGCAUUCUCGCACGCUAUGUUGCUCCUGGGAGACACCGACCAGAGCACAUGGCUGCAGCGAAGAGGGUGUUGCGCUACUUGUGCAGCACGUCGGGCAUGGGGCUAGUGCUUGGAGGGCGCAGUCCAGUGGUCCUCACUGGGCACGCAGACGCUUCUUGGGCUGACGACCAGGCUACGCAGCGGUCGUCACAGGGUUACACCUUCAGCCUUGGUUCCGGCUCUGUUUCGUGGCGGGCUACCCGCUCGUCUUCUGUUCUCGGCUCCAGUUGUGAGGCUGAGAUCUACGCUGGGGCUAUGGCUGCGCAGGAGUUACGUUGGCUCACCUACCUGCUGACCGACCUUGGAGAGCAGCCUCGUUCUCCUCCAGUCCUGUACGUAGACAACAAGGCCAUGCUGGCCUUGUGUCGAGAGCAGCGACUGGAGCACAGAACGAAGCACAUUGCUCUCCGCUACUUUCUUGCUCGUGAGCUACAGCAGCGUGGACAGUUGCGACUUGCGUACGUGGCCUCUGAGGCCAACACUGCUGAUGUCUUCACCAAGGCACUUGCGCCUUGUGAUCAUCAGCGUUGUUGCACGCAGUUGGGUCUUGUGCCUGUCUUGCCUCACUUGCUCUCCUCUUGA